AUGCACUACACACGCAUCUCACCAGUUUCAUUGCCUUCUCCGCCGCCCACCGCCACCGCUACAGUCCAAUCCAGCAGCGGAGGUAACAUGUUCGCUACCGUUUUCGUGGCCCUUCUCCUCCCCUGCUUUGCCAUGUGCAUUGUUUUUCUCAUCUACCUCUCCCUCUUAUGGUGGUCCGCGCGUCGUCGAAACGAGCGUCUUAGAUUAGCGGAACCGGUUAAACCGAAAACCGGCAAAGGCCUCUCUGUGUUAGAGCUCGAGAACCUCCCAAAAAUCACCGGAAAAGAGCUUGCUCUAACGGCGAGGUCGACUGAGUGCGCCGUUUGCCUUGAAGAAAUCGAGAGUUGUCAACCGGCUCGUCUGGUUCCCGGUUGUAACCAUGGAUUCCACCAAGUUUGUGCUGACACGUGGCUAUCUAACCAUACGGUAUGUCCUGUCUGUCGUGGUGAGCUUGCUCCGAAGGUUCCUCAAUUUAGUGAAGAUCAUAGUCAAUGUUGA